AUGCUCGCGCUGGCGGCUGUUCUGUUCGGCCUCCAGCUGGUCGCUGCGCGUCCUGCAGCCCAACUCCACCAUGCCAGCCGCAACCACCCUCGCGCUGCUCCCAAGGCUCCUCGUAGCCUGCCCUACGUCAAGACGCUCGCGACCCUCAGCUACAUGCCUACCGUUCAGAGCGCGUCCUAUGUCAACCUCACGCACAUGAUGCCCAAGGUCAUCGACAAUGCCAUUGCCAUCACUUCCCACAGCUGGGAGUUUGGCGUCUUGACGCAGACCCUCCUCGAGGUCUACUCGCCCAACCUCGCCCCCUUUGACUGGAUUACCGGCGCGCUGGGCAACCAGGAUUACCUUCCUUUCAUGUUGUGCAACGUCACUGCCAACGAGCUCUCCAGCUACGACUGGUCUGGCGCCCCGUCUGAUGGCGCCGACAGCAACCUCAACGACUAUCUCUGGGACAGCACAUCCAAAAAGACCCUCUCCCCUCAACCCCUUCUGGAUGGUGCUGGAUCCCUGGGCGACCCGGCAUCGCUCGGCGUCGCCGCCUGGGUGCUGGCUCACUACGCCGACCAGGUCAGCGGCCAGCUUUCAUCGGUGCAGGAUGACGACGCGUACGCCUGGGCCGUCGGAAACCAGCUUGCCUACCUGUAUGCCGGCUACGAGUCGGACAAUGGUACCAUCUCGCAGCGCGAGGGCUACUUUGAGGUGUGGGCCGACAUGGGCUACAUGAUCUCGCCGUUCAUGGCGUACCUUGGCCUGGCGACCAGCAACACCACCCUCCUCACUGCGGCCCUCAACCAGUGGACGCUCGACUCGUCUGCGCUCCUCGACACCUCUGUCAACCUCUACCGUCACGUCAACACCUUUGAUGCGCGUUUCUGGGCCACCGGUAACGCGUGGAUGCUCCAAGGCCUGAUGCGCAUCCUCGCGUCCAUCGACUCGGCGGGGCAGACCGACAACAUGGGCACGAGCGUGUCCACUGCCGAGACCACGGCCGCCAACGUCUUCACCGCGCUCUUCAACCAGCUCACCAGCGACGGCCGUCUCCCAAAUUACAUGCUUACCGACGACUCGACCCUCUCCAUCGCCGACAGCACCGGCACUGCGGGCGUCGUUGCUGCGUUCUACCGUUUCUACAUUCGCCGCCCCGACCUCGCCAAGGCACUCACCACCAAGGCUGCCCAGGCGUUUGACGGCGUCGUGGCCAAGAUUGACUCGUCGUUCUGGCUCACCGAUGUCGUCGACCCGCUCGGCACCAACGGCUUCAUCGUCACUCCUGGCUCUGGCACGCAGUCGCCCGAGGGACAGUCCUUUGUCGCCCUCAUGUGGGCUGCGCGUACAGCAGCCAAGAUCUGA